GAUUAUUUAAAUUAUAUAAAUACUAGGAAAUAUAAGGAUAGUGAAUAAUGUUUCUUUUCUCUCUUCAUUAUUACACUAUCAAAUGCUAUAUAAUAGAGUUUCUUAUUGUGCUACUCUAAUUGCAUGUUUCGCAAUAAUAACAGAAGCUGCUGACAGUUAUGAACAAAUCGUAUCUCAAUGUCAAUCGCUGAAUGAAAGAUCGAAUAGCAUUAGGGAUUCGUUUAUCUUUGCUUAUAAUGGCUAUAAAAAAUAUGCCUAUGGACAUGACGAGAUUUUACCUAUAUCAAAUAAAUCCUAUGAUUCAAGGAAUGGUUGGGGAGCUACUAUCAUUGACUCUUUAGAUACACUGCUUAUUAUGAAUCUUGAAGAAGAUUAUCAACGUGCAUUAGAGUUUGUAAGUAAAGUUGAUUUCUCAAAAUCAAGCGUAGUUUCUAAAGGAUUUGAAACAAACAUACGUUAUCUUGGUGGUUUACUUGCUGCUAAUGACUUGAGACCGAAUCCGAUUCUUGUUCAAAAAGCAAUUGAGGUUGCAGAUAAGACAUUGCUUCCAUUGUUUACUGAUACUACUUCUAUGAAUGUAAAAUUAAAAGUUCCUUAUGGCUAUAUGGAUUUAAUAAGAAAUCAACCUCAAAUAGUUGAUUCAAUUCUUCUUGCUGAAUUCGGUUCUUACUCUAUGGAGUUCACUCGAUUGUCACAAGUUACUGGUGAUCCUAAAUAUGAAAAAUUGACUAAUGAUUUAACUGAUGUUAUUAUUAAAAAUCCUACUUCUAUGCCUGGUCUUUAUCCUGCUUUUUGGACAGUAAAUCCCUUUGCUCCUAUUAAUUCAAGUCUAAUUACAGUAGCCGGCGGUACUGAUAGUUUUUAUGAAUACUUGAUCAAAAAUUAUCUUUUGCAGAAUAAAGAAAAUGGUGAUUUAUUAAAUACAUGGCAAAAGUCUGUAGAGAGUAUUGAAAAAUACUUGCUCUCUCCUACUGUAGAAGAUCCACAAAUACAAUUUGUUGCCUCAGUUAGAAAUAGUACCAUUUAUGCUAUGUCGAAUGAAUUGAUUUGCUUCUGGCCUGGUAAUAUUUUGCUUGGUAUUUCUCAAAUAAGCGAUCAAGUCAAAAGAAAUCAAUAUAGAAACUUUGCAGAUAUAUUUUUCAAAUCAUGUAUAGAAAUUUGGCAAAAGACAAACACAGGUAUUGCACCUGAAAGUUGGACAUGGCACCCUAGAGAAAAUACAAUAGAAAGAACAUUAAACAACUUACUCGGAGGAAAUUUUAAAUUUUACACAAAGCAGGAAAAACAAAAAAGAGCAGUUGGAAGAACAUUUGAAAUAACUAGUGCAUUUUAUGAUUUAAGACCAGAAACGAUUGAAAGUAUAUUCUAUUAUUAUCGUUUAACUGGAGAUAAACAAUAUCAGGAUCUUGCUUGGGAAUUAUAUUUAGCUAUUGAUAAAUAUGCAAAAACUGGCUCAGGAUAUGCAAGAGUAGAUCAUGUAGAUAUAGUUCCUGCAAAGUUACAAGACUUUCAAGAAAGUUUCUUUUUUGCAGAAACAUUAAAGUACUUGUAUCUAAUUUUUGCUGAUAAAAACUGUAUAUCCUUAAAUGAUUAUAUUUUUAAUACUGAAGCACAUCCUUUUAAAUUACCAAGCCCCAUUCAAUUCCAAUAAUAAUACUUAUUAUAAUAAAGUUAUCUUUUUUUUU